AUGGCUCCCAUCCGUCGCUACCUGCGGAUCAGCAAACAUUCCGUUCUUGAGUGCCGCAUCUUCCUUGAGAAUCCAGCCGAUGAACCAAGGUGGCUCUUGAACGAGAGAGACCCCGCCCUCCCGCGAGUUUUUGAGGCUGUCAAACCCUACGUCUUGCCGAAGCUACGGGAAGAGAACGAGCGGGCGCGAGGUAAAGGCAAAAAGAAGAAGAGUGUCAAAGAUGUGGUUCAACAAGAUGACUUCGAGGUUUCCAUCUUCCUCACCGAGACCAGGACCCGUCACUGCCUUCUGGUCAAGAACAAGACAUUCAAGCAAAAGGACCCAAUGAAGAGCAACAACGGCAACAGGCUGACUGGAGCCGAACAUGACACUGUAAUGGUUCAGGAUGAGAGUGAUGACGAGAAUGUCAAUCUAAACGAUAUACCGGCUGCCGAAGAGGGGGAAGAGAGUCACGGUGAUCCAAGUCACCUUGACGCUGGAGGGGAAGAUGACGAUAAGAAGAAGCUAGGUUUUAACACCACAUACGAUGGAUUCAGCAUCUGGGGCUGGGUGCUAUGCCUUUUUGUUGAGCGUAAAGGUGGUCUUAGCAAGAAGGCUCCCGGGAUCCAAGGCAGUUCGCAGGCACUCAUGCAAGACUGGAUCCAAUCAACCCAGGAGCAAAAGGACGAUGAUUCGUGA